AUGGGAAUAGUGCAUGCUGCCUCAGCAACUACAACAAAGUUGUUUAACUUCACAGAUUUGUAUGAACACGUUAGUAAUGACAAUGCAUGGCGCAAACGUGUUGGUGUUCGCUACAAAGCAGCUGUCCAGAGAAACGUACGUGGUUGCCGUGUUGGUGUUCGCUACAAAGCAGCUGUCCAGAGAAACGUACGUGGUUGCCGUGAUGGUG